GGUGUCACUGCCUAUAGCGCAUUUUUGUAAUUAACCCAAACAAGUUAAAGUUGGGAAAAAGUGUGGAAAAAAUGGAAGAUAAUUUUUCAUAUUGCACUCAAAUGCUCAAGGAACCACUGCAACUUGGAAAACUUGUUGGCUCUGGCUCACAAUUUGAGGUAGAACAGUCGCCAGCCCAGACAUUUGGGGCUGGCGAUGAUGAUUUUAAUGUCGACGAAAUGGAAGAUUGUGAUAACGCUCCAGAUGUUGAUGAAGAAGAGCUCGCUUCUCCAUCGACCCAAUCGUUCGAGGAACUCAAAAAAUUGAUGGAGCCGAUCAAUGAGAACAUUUUUAUGCGCAUCACCCGUGAGGGGCACCAGGGACGAGGUCUGGUGCCAGACAAGGCACGUGUCGCUGUGCGCUAUAGUGGUUAUUGGGAAGGCGAGAGUUCUCCUUUUGAUUCCUCAUUAAUGCGCCGAACUAAAUUCUAUUUUGAGACCGGUGCAGGUUGCGAUGUGCUAGAAGGCCUCCAGGCUGCUGUACUUACCAUGCGCCCAUAUGAAAAAGCCGAAUUUAUUAUAUCCUAUAAGUUGCUAUUUCACGAGAUCGGCUGCCCGCCGCGCAUUAAACCACGUUCAGAUGGACUUUUCAAAAUCGAAGUUCUUCACUUCACAUUGAUCGGGGACUCAGAUGCCUUCGCGUCAAUGGCAGCUGUGGAUCGGGACAAGUUUGCAAUAGUUUACCCCAAGGCAUUAGACAUGCACAUGCAUGGCAAGGACUGUGUAAAGCGCUUUCGUUACCGCAACGCCGUCACUGCCUUCGAGCGGGCCGUAAGCUCUCUAAACUAUUGCCGUCUAGCCAAUGAUGAGAAUGAGCGCAAGCAAAUUUGGUUGCUCUAGCUUUUAUAGUCUCUG